AUGAUCAAACAGAUAUUUGGGAAAUUGCCCAGAAAGCCUUCGAAACCAUUGCAAAAUGACUCGAAUGGUGAAGGAGCUGUUAACUCCUACUACGCACCGAAUCCGAGUAGUGGUGGUAUCUCGAAGCCUUCUUCUUCAACAUCUUCGAAACCAUCAUCAUCGGGUUCACGUGUAGCAAACGGGACUACUCUUGCUCCUCCUAACUCACUGAUCUCUAACAGGAAGAUUCAAGCUGGUCCGUUUCCUCCUAAUGGUGUAUACGAGGCCUUGCCUAGCUUCAGAGAUGUUCCUGUCUCGGAGAAACCUAAUCUCUUUAUCGGGAAGUUGAGUAUGUGCUGUGUCGUCUUUGACUUUACUGACCCGUCGAAGAAUCUCAAGGAGAAAGAGAUCAAACGGCAGACACUGCUCGAGCUCGUCGACUAUGUCGCGUCGGUUGGUGUGAAGUUUAACGAUGUUGCGAUGCAGGAGCUCACGAAGAUGGUAUCGUUGAAUCUGUUCAGAACAUUCCCUUCCGCGAAUCACGAGAGUAAAGUUCUUGAAAUGCACGAUAUGGACGAUGAGGAGCCUUCUCUGGAGCCAGCUUGGCCUCACAUUCAAGUUGUCUACGAGAUUCUGCUCAGAUUCGUGGCUUCUCCCAUGACCGACGCAAAGCUCGCAAAGAGAUACAUCGACCAUUCGUUCGUCUUGAAGCUCUUGGACUUGUUUGAUUCCGAAGAUCAAAGAGAGAGGGAGUAUUUAAAAACCAUUCUCCACCGAGUAUACGGGAAGUUCAUGGUGCAUCGACCUUAUAUCAGAAAGUCGAUAAACAACAUCUUCUACAGAUUCAUCUCCGAGACAGAGAAGCAUAAUGGCAUUGCGGAGUUGCUAGAGAUUCUUGGAAGUAUAAUCAAUGGAUUCGCUUUGCCUUUGAAAGAAGAGCACAAGCUCUUCCUCGUGCGAGCCUUGAUUCCUCUUCACAAGCCUAAAUGCGCAUCGCUCUAUCACCAACAGCUUUCUUAUUGCAUCGUUCAGUUUGUAGAGAAAGACUUCAAGCUCGCUGAUACCGUUAUAAGAGGCCUUUUGAAGUAUUGGCCUGUGACUAACAGCUCAAAGGAAGUAAUGUUUCUUGGAGAGUUAGAAGAAGUCUUGGAAGCAACUCAAGCCGCUGAGUUUCAACGCUGUAUGGUCCCUUUGUUCCGACAAAUCUCUAGAUGUCUCAACAGUUCACAUUUUCAGGUCGCUGAGAGAGCAUUGUUUCUAUGGAACAACGAUCACAUAAGGAACCUGAUCACACAGAACCAUAAAGUGAUUAUUCCUAUAGUCUUCCCAGCUCUUGAGAGAAACACACGCGGACAUUGGAACCAAGCUGUACAGAGUCUGACUCUUAACGUGAGGAAAGUACUGUGCGAGAUAGACCAAGCUCUCUUCGACGAGUGUUUAGCUAAGUUCCAAGUGGAAGAAGAGAAGAAAACAGAGGUUAAGGCGAAACGGGAAAGAACAUGGAAGCGGUUAGAAGAUUUGGCUGCUUCAAAGACCGACGAGGCAUUGCUUGUCCCAAGAUUUGUUUCCUCAGUCAAUCUUGCAAGCGGCUCUGUAUCCACAGGGUAG